AUAACAACCUUCAAGUCUGUCGUGCUUGAGAUAAACAGAGUCUGGAGUGACUGAGCCUAAGGCAAUUUGAACCUUUUAACAUCUGCUCAGUUACUUGUCAGAACUCAAAAUGACCUGUUCGCCAGGCUGUUGCGACAUAGAUCCAUAUGUUGCAUAGGUGGUGGAUGAGCCAAAUAAUGGAAUCUCCACCAUAUGGCCCAUGCCUGUCGGUUGCCACCACCAACAACAAGCAAAACUCUCCAUGCCAGUGCCCACUGCCAGUUACCACCACCAACAACAAACAACACUGUCAACAUCAGUGCCCACUGCCAGUCCAAUGAAGGGGGAUUUAAACUCUACAGUCAGACCUGCAACCCCCACUGAGCCAACGUACAGUCCACCCAAUCCAACUGGGACAACAGCUGGUUCAGAACCAAAGGUGAUGGUCAAAUCUCCCCCAAACAUAAUAUCAGAGAAAAUGAAGAGCAUUCUGAUCAGCCAAGGUUCAGAGAAUCCUGAACUCACAAUUCUGCCCAGCAACAGGCAGAGUGCCCUGGUUCGCCUGGCGGGUCAGUUAGAACCAGGAGAUAUCCCUUCUUCUGUCCCUGUCCGUUUUAAUGCCAUCCCUGGGUGUGGGUCACAACAAGUAGUUUCACAUCCAGCUGCUGCUCCUCCUCCUCCUGCUACUCCAGGGGCCCUCAUCAAGGCCUCCAGUCCUCCCCCAAUGACAGAGUCCCUACCUCCAAUCCCUGAGAGUUUGUCAGGGUGCACCAGCCGCUGUACCAUCAAGAUAAAGCUGGACAACUCCAGUGCAGGGAUUGUGGUGUUGCAGAAGGUCAGCCAGCCAGCCCAAUACUCCAGCCCCCCCUUUGCAGGCCACAGACUAGACGUGGUAGGGAUGUUACCCUUCAGCCUUCCACCUGGGGUCAAGGUCACAGUGGUCAACCCUGUCCCUGUGGGAAUGGUACAGCAAGGAGGAGGUACACCACAGAUGCAGCAAGGCAGACAGCUCAACUUUACUUGACCCUUUGGUGGAUCUUCAGUUGCAAAUAAAACUACUCCUUGCAAAGA